AUGGUCUGCUCCGCUGCCCCUGUGCUGCUCCUGGCCAUGACUCUCCCUCUGGUGAGGUCACCACUUGCCCGAGAGUCCCAGCCUGCAAAAAAGAGGAGCUUCAAAGAGACCAAGUCCUACCAGAUUAGCCAGGCCGGCCCCAGAGCGGCUUGGGGAAGAAGGUGUCCCCGGGAGAAAUGCGGAGUCAGCUGUCCUCAGAGGUCUCUCCCCUGUGCUCUGUUCCAGGGCCAGGGUCAGGCUGGAGGGGAAUCAGGGCAGCAAUUGGACCAAGAAAGUGGAGCAGGUGGUGAAAUCGGUCCGGUCUCCGUCUAUGUACAGCUGUACUUUUCAAGUGAGCACCGGCCGGCGGCACUCUCCAGGCCCCUGACUCUCCCCGCCGCCUUGGUUUCCUCUGCCCCAGUAACUCUCACCGGCCUCAGCCUCACAGCAGAGUGCAGUGUCUCCCACAAGGGGUGUAGCUACUGUGCUUGCCUCUCUGGGUACCAGUGGAACGCCAGCGUCUGCUCCCAUCACCGUCCCUGCCAAACCCCCCUCAAGCACCAGCCUUGUGGCUGCCUUGUCUUCGGCCCUGCUGAAGCCGGGUACUGCCAGCUGCUGCCACCUGUCCCCGCGGCCCUGAGCCUCAACUCCUGGCUGCAGACGCCUGGCGACACCCUGAACCUGACCCUCCUCACAAGCCAGGAGACCACCAACCUGAACUGGUUCCUGUGGCCCACAGGGAGCCCCAGCCCCAUCCUCCUGCAGGCAGGGACACGUGUGUCCUUGACCUCCAGCCGGGACUGGGCUGUCCUCAGCAUUGUCAACAUCUCCCAUAAAUGGGCAGGUGAGUACAUAUGCUGCUUUGAGGCCCGGGGAUUCAGGUGGGAGCUGCACCAGAUGGUGAGGGUGCCCCUGCAGGUGACAGACGUGGCUGGGCUCCCAGACCAGCUCUCCGUCUCCUGUGCCACCUCCCCUGGCUUCCGGCUGCGCUGCUGCAUCCCCAGUGCCCACCUGAGCUACACAGCUUCCUGGAGCCCCAGAGAUGGCAACGAAGCCUCCUUAUUCAACCCGCCGGGCUCCCAGUGCCUUGUGCUGGCUGUUCAGCGCUGCCCUGCAGCCGACACUACGUACACUUGUGACCUGCAGAGCCCGGGACUGAGCCCUCUCAGGGCUGCCGUCUCUGUCACCGUCAUCCAGGAUGGAGACACCACCUGCCCUGAGGACUCUUCAGCUGUUGCCUGGAACGUCACCAAGGCUGGCCAUGUGGCCCAGGCCCCGUGUCCCGGGAAGAGGAGGGGCAUGGUGAAGAGGCCUUGUAGGCCUGAGGGGGUCUGGGGGCCCAUCCACAGCAGCUGCACGGACACGGGGCUCCUGGCCUUGCUUCUUAGAGCCCAGCUGCUGAGGGCAGGCCAGGGCUGGCCUGUGGACGAGGUGCCACAGAUCUUGGCUCAGCUGCCGGAGCAGGCAGUGGUGGUGACCUCACCCACCGACUCAUUGGCACUGGUGGGCACCAUGACAAUCCUGGCCAAGGUGGUGGCAGAUGUCAGAAUACAGCUCAACGGCAGUGCCCUGGAGGCGCUCCUGAAAACCACAGAUAAGGUCCUUGACAUGGACUCCAGUUCUCUGUGGACCCCGGCCUGGGCCCAGAAGCCCUCGGUGGGCUCCAAUCUCCUGCUGGCUGUGGAGACUCUGGCACUCAGCCUGUGCCCACAGGAUCAGCCCUUCUCCUUCGUCUUGCCCAACGUGCAGCUGCAGAGCCAGCUCCUCAGGCCCACAUUUCCUGCCGACUACAGAGUCUCCUUCCCUACUCAGCCCCCGCUGCAGGCGCAGAUUCCCAGGCACUCACUGGCCCCACUGGGCCAUAAUGGAACCAACGUCAGUGUUACUAGCCUGGUGCUGCGAAAACUGGACCACCUUCUGCCCUCGAACUAUGGACAAGGGCUGGGGGACUCCAUCUACGCCACUCCUGGGCUGGUCCUCGCCAUCUCCAUCAUGGCAGGUGGCCAGGUCUUCAACCAGGGAGAGGUCAUCAUGGACUUUGGGGACACAGAUGGCAGUCCCCACUGUGUCUUCUGGGACCAUGAUCCCUUCCAGGGCAAGGGAGGCUGGUCUGAGGCAGGGUGCCAGGUGCAGGCAGCCAGUGCCAGCCCCACCACUCAGUGUAUCUGCCGGCACGUCACUGCCUUCUCCAUCCUCAUGUCUGGACACACGGUUCCAAAAAACCCCACCCUGGAGAUGCUGAGUCAAGUGGGCUUGGGGGCCUCCAUUCUGGCACUGCUCGUGUGCCUGGGCGUGUACAGGCUGGUGUGGAGAUUCGUGGUGCGGAACAAAGUUGCCUAUUUAUGCCACAUGGCCCUGCUCAACAUGGUGCUCUGCCUGCUGGCCGCAGACACCUGCUUCCUAGGAGCCCCACUGCUUCCUCCAGGACCCCACAGUCCGCUCUGCCUGGCCACUGCCUUCCUCUGUCAUUUCCUCUACCUGGCCACCUUUUUCUGGAUGCUGGCUCAGGCCCUGAUGUUGGCCCACCAGCUGCUCUUCGUCUUCCAUCAGCUGUCCAAGCACCAAGGAUUCUCCCUGAUGGUGUUCCUUGGCUAUCUGUACCCGAUGGGGUUUGCAGGUGUCGCCCUGGGCCUCUACUUACCCCGAGGGCAAUACCUGGGGGAGGGGGCAUGCUGGUUGGACAAGAAGGGAGGAGCGCUCUACACCCUCGUGGGUCCAGUGCUGGCCAUCGUGGGUGUGAAUGGGCUGGUACUCACCGUGGCUGUGCUGAAGCUGCUGAGACCUUUGCUGUCAGAGGGACCCCAGGUGGAGAAGCACCAAGCCCUCCUGGGGGUGAUCAAAGCUCUGCUCGUUCUCACACCCAUCUUUGGCCUCACCUGGGGGCUGGGUCUGACCACUCUGCUAGAGGAAGUCUCCAUAGUCCCUCACUACGUCUUCACAGUUCUCAGCACCUCCCAGGGUGUCUUCAUCUUAUUGUUUGGUUCCCUCAUGGACAGGAAGGUGCAAGAGGCAUUACGCAAACACUUCUGCCGCACGCAGCCCCCCAGCUCCCUGGUGAGUUGCUGGCUUCAAAAUCUCACUCUCCCCGCUGAGAGCUGGUCAGAAGUAGAUGUUCCAUAGCCUUCCCCAGAGGAGAUGGGCACAGCUAGAAGCCAAGAGAAGACUGGGGUUUUAGGGCAAGCUCUCCAACAACAGAGAAAGCACCCCAGGCAGAGGACACAUUCAGGUUCUUGGGCUCCUGAUUAUAACCUGGACUUCUUGUGACUCUGGAUUGUCCCUUGUUUCUCCCUGAAAAUCUGCCUCCAGUUAGCAUUUGAAGGGAAAAGGUAGGAUCGGAAUGCAUGGGAGUCACUGUAGCUGGGAGCAAAGUUCCUAGGAUUUUUGCUGCUCAGGCAGGAGGGCAGGUGAAAAUGUAAAAAUGGAUACAACCUCGUCAAAGGAGAGCUGGCAAUAAUAAUAAUUGCCCUGCAGUUGGGCCUUUCCACCCCUUCCUAGGCCACAAAUGAAACCUACAUCCCAGAACACAGCAAAGGAGGAAGUUAAGAUGCCAGGUGAGAAAGAAGCGUUCUCGGAAGCAGUGUGAGCAGCGUGGGGUGAGGCCGAGUGUACAAAGCGCUUUCCAGCAAAGCUCUAAAAAGAAAACUCCUCUUCAUAUACCUGUCCCAACCUAAAGGGUGGAAAAAAGACUUCUCCAAGUAGACAUUUCUAGAGGGGCUGAAGAAGGUGGAGGCCUCAGAAAGCAGAUGGUGUAGCUCCCACUGCUUUUCCCAGAAAGCUGAAGGGAGUGUCACCACCACCAACCCUUGACUCAGUUCACUCUGAAAACUCCUUUUCACACUAUCGAAUUUUUAAUUACCCUGAAAAACCAUUGUUUUGAAGGAACUGCCAUUGGUGGGUCCGGUGUCCAGAGGAGAGGGUAGCUUGCAGACGCUUUAGGGCGAGGCUUUAGGGCGAGCUUUUUCACGGGGAAGACAGAAGCUCUGAGUGACCCACAGGCAGAGCCGUGUUCCUUCAAGGGUGUCGAGGGUGUGUCCUUGAAUCCAGGGAUGGGUCCUGGCCAAUCCUCUGAACUCUUUCUGCCUCCCAGAGCUCAGCCCUUGGGAAAGAUAGGCUUCUGUUUUCAUUAGUCACACUCAUCUCUCUGGCAGCCUACCUGUUCCCCACCUGUGACUAUCCAAGCAAGAAAAGUAUGAAAAACUAGCUAAAGCUACCUAAUGAAUAAGGCUGCCUUUGCUGUAAAAAUAAUCAACAGAUAUCCAAGUUCAAAAUAAUUACAAGUAAAACUGUCUCAACCAGUUUCU